AUGGAGUUGCUAUGUGGUCCUGAUGGUGAGCUUCCUGAGAAGUUAAGAAAUCUAGAAACUCGGCUUAUUAAAUUAGAUCACGGACAGCGGGACAGGGAUCCCAAUGUCCGCUGGGAUGAUGUUGGCUGCAAGACGGCGCCUCACAAAGAGGCUGUAUAUUCCACUCCCCACUUUAGAAAGAACGUGCUUGAGAAAGAUGGACUUUUCAACCUUUCAAAUGAAACUACUGAUGCUAUCCGCAGAUUAACCAAAGGCUACUCAGGACCUGAUAUGAAGAAAGAAGAUAUGAGGCUUAUAAACCUUCAGGGCUUUGAAAAGGCGUUAGAAGAAGUAAGGCCAUCAGUCUCACUCAAUGAACUCGGAACCUAUGAGAAGUGGAACAUGCAGUUUGGCAGCUUGUCUCUGUAGCAACCACUCGCUCAAUCAGGAAAGAAUAAUUUGAAUAACCCUCUUUAUUGAUGCAUAGUACUCCGUAUUAUUUUUUUCCUGUCAAUGAAUAAGUUCCUUUCUAUGAUCUUUAAAAUAAGUUACUAUAUUAUGCAUUGCUGACACCCUUAGAUGCUCAACCAGUACCUACUAGCUGUGCCUCCCCCACUAGCUCUAAAAGGGUAUUAAAUAUUUUGCUAAACUAUUAUUUAUAAUAUGUUAAGUUUUGAAUUAGAGUUUUAGUAAUUCCCAUCCUUCCACUAGACUGAUAUUUAUGCUGAUUAUUUAAGUGGGCAUAUUUCUGGUUCAUGUCAAAAACAUACUCUUUCUUAUAGAGCAAUCGAUGCAUGUGAUUUUGUCGUGCAAAAAUUAAGUAUGGUCACGUUUGGGCACGUUGGAAUUAACUAGAAAACAUGACAACUGCAUCACUGGAGCAUCUAUGAUCUAACAAAAUAUCCUAUAUAUUUUACUAGAAUAGUACUUCCCUCAUGCCUAUAUUAUUAAUAUAAUGACCCGUUUUUGUUUUACAAGUACAAGAUUUUUAAGUGUUUAAUACUCCUACAAAAGUAAACAUGCGUGUUCUAUCAGACACAACAUAUGUUUACUUUAUAAUAUUGUGGACAUCAAUAUCAUCAUAUAUUAGUAGUAUUAUAUAU